UUCCGGUGUCAUGGCGUCAAUUGCAAGGCCAGGGCACAAAAGGGAGCCCUAGAUGUUUGCUAGACCAGUAUUUUUUGCUUCUAUUCGCUGUGGACUGCUUAGACAGAACCUGGGAGACCUCCAAACUACACAAUGGAGGCGGUGACCUUUGAGGAUGUGGUUGUGAACUUCAGCAAUGAAGAGUGGACUUUGCUGAGUCCAUCCCAAAAGAACCUCUACAGAGAUGUGAUGGGUGAAACCUUUAGGAACAUGGCUGCAAUAGGAGGACUUGGGGAUAUCCAGGAAGCUGAAAAAGAAUGCAAAAUUUACUGGAGAUAUUUAAGAAAUGACAAGCUCGGGAAAUCCUAUGGAUAUACAUCUUGGAAUCAGUGUAAAGAAGUAUUUCUUUGUACUGCAGGAGGUAAUGUGGACAUGAAAGAAACAAAAACACACCACAAUGUUCAGAUCCAUGAAAAAUAUUGCAGUGGAGGGAAACCCUAUGUAUGCAAGCAAUGCGGGAAAGGUUUUACCACACAUGGAAUUUGUAAGAAACAUGAAAGUAUUCACAGAGGAGAGAGACUCUACAUAUGUAAGCAGUGUGGGAAAGCUUUUACAAAAUGUACCUAUUGUCAAGUACAUGAAAGUCUUCACUCCAGAGAAAAACCUUAUAAAUGUAAGCACUGUGAGGAAGCUUUCAGCACACGUACUUCUUGUGUAAUCCAUGAAAAACUUCACACUGGGCAGAAAUCAUAUAUAUGUAAAAAAUGUGGGAAAGCUUUUAGCAGUAACAUUCAUUAUCAAAUACAUGAAAAUGUUCACACUGGAGAGAAACCCUAUGUGUGUAAGCAAUGUGGAAAAGGUUUCACCCAAACUAGAUAUUGUAAGCAACAUGAAAGAAUUCACACUGGAGAGAAACCAUAUUUAUGUAAACAAUGUGGGAAAGCUUUUAACACACGUGCAAGUUAUAAGGUUCAUGAAAGAAUUCACACUGGAAAGAAACCCUAUGUAUGUCAGAAAUGUGGAAAAGGUUUCACCAAAUCUAGUCAUUGUAAACAACAUGAAAGAAUUCACACUGGAGAGAAACCAUAUGUAUGUAAGCUAUGUGGGAAAGCUUUUAACACUCGAUCAUACUGUAAGAUUCAUGAAAGAAUUCACACUGGAGAGAAACCCUAUGUAUGUCAGCAAUGUGGAAAAGGUUUCACCAAAUCUGAUCAUUGUAAGAAACAUGAAAGUAUUCACACUGGAGAGAAACCGUAUGUAUGUAAGCAAUGUGGGAAAGCUUUUAACACACGAGCAUACUGUAAGAUUCAUGAAAGAAUUCACACUGGAGAGAAACCAUAUAUAUGUAAGCAAUGUGGGAAAGCUUUUAUCACACGUGCAUAUUGUAAGGAACAUGAAAAAAUUCACACUGGAGAGAAACCCUAUGGAUGUAAACAAUGUGGGAAAGCUUUUAAGACAUGGGGAGAUUAUAAGAAACAUGAAAGAAUUCACACUGGAGAGAAACCCUAUGUAUGUCAGCAAUGUGGAAAAGGUUUCACCAACUCUGGACAUUGUAAGCAACAUGAAAGAAUUCACACUGGAGAGAAACCCUAUAUAUGUCAGCAAUGUGGAAAAGAUUUCACCAACUCUGGACAUUGUAAGCAACAUGAAAGAAUUCACACUGGAGAGAAACCCUAUGUAUGUCAGCAAUGUGGAAAAGGUUUCACCAAAUCUGAUCAUUGUAAGAAACAUGAAAGAAUUCACACUGGAGAGAAACCAUAUGUAUGUAAGCAGUGUGGGAAAGCUUUUAACACACGAGCAUACUGUAAGAUUCAUGAAAGAAUUCACACUGGAGAGAAACCAUAUAUAUGUAAGCAAUGUGGGAAAGCUUUUAUCACACGUGCAUAUUGUAAGGAACAUGAAAAAAUUCACACUGGAGAGAGACCCUAUGGAUGUAAGCAAUGUGGGAAAGCUUUUAAGACAUGGGGAGAUUAUAAGAAACAUGAAAGAAUUCACACUGGAGAGAAACCCUAUGUAUGUCAGCAAUGUGGAAAAGGUUUCACCAACUCUGGACAUUGUAAGCAACAUGAAAGAAUUCACACUGGAGAGAAACCCUAUGUAUGUAACCAAUGUGGGAAAGCUUUUUCCCAACAUGGAAAUUGUAAGACACAUGAAAGUUCACACUCAAAAUUAAACCAGUAUAUAUAAGCAUCAUGAGAAUGGUUUGCGCACAUGUACAUAUUGCAUAAUGUAUGAAAAUCUUCACACAGGGCAGAAAACUUGUAUAUGGAAGGAAUGUGGGAAAGAUUUCAGCAGAAACUCUCAUUGUCCAAUACUUGAAAAAAUUUGACCUGUUGAGAAACCCUGUGUAUGUGAAGAAUGUGUGAAGCUUUCACCACACAUGGAUAUUGUAAAAUACAUCAAUGACUUCACACAGGUGAGAAACCCUAUGUAUAUAACAAUGUGGCAAAGCUUUUACCUCAUAAAGUCAUUUCAAAACACAUGAAAGAAUUCACACUGGGAAUAGCCACUGGCUAUGUAAACAAGUGGAGACACUUUUAGCAACCAGAUUGUAAGUGAAAUACGUGAAGAAACUCACACAAGAAAUAAAUCCUAUGUGUUAUGGGAAUACUCUUAGCACUCAUGAUCAUUGUUACAUAUCUGAAAGAGCUCACUGGGCAGAGAUCUUAUGUAGAUUAACAAUGUGAGAAGUACAACAAUACAUGUUUGUUGUUAAACACAUAGAAAAAGCAUCACUGUUCAGACAGUUUAGAUCUAAGUUUACUUUAAAAAUCCCAAGGGGACCUAAAGAAUUAACCAAUGCAGAAGUUUGAUGUCAAUAUUUCUUGACAAAUUUUUCAGAAAUGACAAAUCUGAGGUGGAGCUCUACUCAAGUGCACAUGUUGUAUGGUUUUCAGUUAAUCACUUGUACCAAUUUAGAUUUUUUAGAGUGUCUUUGUGCUUCAACAUGGCAUCUUGUAAUUAAACAUGGUAAUCUGAAGUGGGCUUUUCAAUUUCAAGUAUGGAUAGGGUAUAUGUACUUAACAUUUUGUCUUUAAAACCUAAUUUUUAUAUUUUUGGUGAAUUAUAAUGUUUAUUUAAACAGAACAAAACAGAAAAAAGAGAAAUAAUACAGAAUUUCAGAAAAAUAAACAAUAAGAAAUCACUAGUUCAUUAGUUACAUAUUGUCAUCUUAGAAGUAGUUGUUCAAGUUAUAAAAUUAAAGCAUACAAAGUGAUAUUCAAAUAACAACACUGUGAACAUUUCACCUCAGUGUUCCAACAAAAAUUUCUUAGUAUGCUUAUCUGUCCUACACACUUUUUUUUUUUUCUUAAAGAGCAUAAGACUAAACAUGACAAAGCAGAACAGAACAGUUCAUAAGAAAACAAGUUAAGGGAACACAGAUUUCAAAGCAAGUCCACUGGAGAUGUUCACUGUCUAUCUUACUGUCUCUAGUUUUCUUCCAAAUAGUUGUUUCCAUCUUCACAUGCAUUGAACAAAUACUGAACAUUAUGGAACUAAUCAAAUAAUUGUGGGAUGAUGCAGGAUUUUUCGAUCUUCAAGACUGAUUUUGAGGAAGUCGAUAAUGACUACAAUAAUGUCUCUCAUUCUCUUCAUACUAGCUGUCUUUAUCUUUAUGUAUGCUGAAAUUGAACAUAACAGAUUAGACUAAUGUCACUCUGAACAAUGAAUAAUAGUAUCCUGUGAAGGAAAAAUGUGAGGAAUUGCCUAAAAAAACAAGGCAGAGGACAUUGUUAAAAGUGUAUCAGGAUUUAAAAGCUACGGUAGUCUUAUUGCUCUGUUUAGUUUGAUUAUAUUUUGUUCUGGUCUGUCUACUCAUAUUAGAUUUGAGGGCACAGAGAGAUAACCCAAAAACAGCAGGUUAUACCAUGGUAACUAUCCUUAAUUUCCUAUUAACUUAAACUGAAACCCUGUAUUACUUACAUUGUCUUCUAUGACUGAUCUUCUUUGAAGCUGGUUUCUUUGAGUACUAUUUGGCCUUAACUGAUUUUAUUCCCAGUUGGUAUGCUUGCUGGUAUCAAGUCCAUGAAUAGAGGUAACUACUCUGAAGAUGACCAGAUGUAAAAGAUAUACAUUGGGGGGCUGGGGAUUUAGCUCAGUGGCUUAAGCACCUGCCUGGCAAGUGUGAGGUCAUGAGUUUGAUCUCCAGUAACAAAAAAAAAAAAUAAAGAAAUAAAAGUUAUCCA